AGUCGAUCGUCCUCAAGCUCGAGAUGAAGGAGUUCGAGAAGGGAAAGGAGACGUGGGACAUGUCGGACGAGGAGAAGCUGAAGUUCUGCGACGAGCGCAAGGCCCUCGGGAAUUCGCUCUUCAAGGCGGGCAGGCUGGACCUGGCCCUCGGGCGCUACAAGAAGGUCGGUGAUGUAUUCUCAUACGUCGACAAUUUCCCUGAAGACGUCAAGGCAAAGGCACAGGAAUUGAAGCAGGCAUGCGAGCUGAACAAGGCUAUGUGUUAUUUGAGGGCCCGCGGAUUAACAACUAUGACGAGGCCAAGGCUGCUUGCAACAAGGUGUUGAAAGACGACAAAGGCAACGUGAAGGCCCUCUACAGGCGGGCCCAGUGCGAGCACGCGCUCCGCAAUUUUGAGGAGUGCAUCAGGGACUGCAAGCAUGUGGCCGAGGUGGACCCGCAGAACCGGGAGGUCAGGGCCCUGCUGAAGCAGGCCAUGGAGGGCCAGAAGGAGGUGAACAGACAGGCGAAGGGGAUGUACACGAACAUGGUGAAGGCUUUGGGCAAGAAGUAGGCGGACGGGCAAGUCCUCAGGUGGGGGAAGCUCCGCUCCUUUUUGAUCUGGCCUGCGGCUGCCGGCCGGGUCGGCAUCAUGCUGGCAGUGAUACGGGACAGUUCAGGAAAUGAGUUAUAGGUGUCAGUUGAAGGCAUUGUUUUCUGACAUGGUCUUCGUUAAGCCGCUUGCGCGCAACAACACGUCAUGGUGUGCCACUUGCGUGUGCGACAUGCGAGAGCAAAGUUUGUUCGUGCACCUUCUGCGGC